AUGACCGACGAGGCCGACUUUGACGAGAGCGGCAGCAGCUACGACGGAUUCAGCGACGAUGGCAGUGAACAAAUCGAUCGCAUGUGGAUGCAACAAGAAUCUCGGGCGAUGGAGCGAAGGUCGCGAACGGUUGGAUUCCGAGAAGGAGUUGACGCUGGCAAAGAAGAAACACUCCAGGAAGGUUUUAAUGCAGGGUACGUUGUCGGCGCAUCCCAAGGAUUUCGGAGCGGCGUGUUGCAGGGCCUUCUCCGAGCGUAUACGUCACAAUUCCCAAACCUCGUCUCGUCCAACCACACACAGCUCCUGGCUGCCAUUCGUGCAAAGGAACAAGCAUCGAUCGAUCGCGGCGACAUCCCAUCCACAGAUGCUUCUGACAUGGAUGCCGUGCAUAACGUCUUGGCCCCGGUGUUCCCGAACUUGCAUGAAUGGGCUCCAUGUCAUGACAAAGCCAACCACGUGCCGAUCUCACGCCCCACUGCAGUCUCUGACUAA